CAAAUCCAAGCCAAAGGAUGGCGUCAAUAAUUCUCAUUAAAACAUUUAAAAUGACGUCAUAAAUCACAAAAUGAUAGUUUCAAAGAACUUUCCUUUAGGGGCAGAAUAGAAAAUUUUCCUUUUUUAUUUUGCCUUUCGUUAAUGCAAUCAUCUUCCACUUUAACAAGUAACGACUAGAGAAAAACCAGCAUUAACUGCAAAACUCUAUCAUUACACGAUUCUAAGGUUGUCUGAAUCUUUUGUUGCAGCUUGCACAAGCAUUUAAGGUUAGUUUCCAAUCUGGGUUUAGUUUGGUUGUCAUGAAAAUAUAGGAAAAUGAAAUAAAAAAACAGGAAUAAAGAAAAAGAAAGAGAAAAUUAUGCUUUAGAAUAGUUAAGAUCUCGUUAUCUUUGGUUGGUUUGCUUGAAUAUACUCAAAAAGUAGCUUACUUGACGAAAUUCGGAUGCUUGGUCUUCAUGGCUGUUUGUUUUUUUCUUGUUUUUUUGGAUUCUUUCUGACACUAGAGAAAGAUUCUAGAUUCAAUUUUCUAUAUGUUCUUAGCAAAACACAGAAAAAGGAAUGUUGGGUUUUUUGGGGGGCUAAUGUUAUAGUGGUUUAGCUUUGAAUUCUGAUAAAGGUUGUGCUAUUUAAAAGUUUCAAGUUUGUGCAAUGGAAGAUUUUACAAUGCUUUCCCAUGUUCUUUGUUUUUCCCCCUUCAAAAUACGAUGUAUAUUCAUUUUUGUAACUGUAAGUGUUGUAGAUCAGAUUAUAAUUUCUUGAUGUGCUCAAAAACUGUGGAGAAUUGAGAAAAUUUUACCUGUUUUGGAGGUUUGAACUCGAGGGGACUUUCCAUGAGAUCUUUAAGUUUUCCCCUUGACCUUUCAACUCUCAAGAAAAUUUGUUAUGUUUCUAAAAUUAGUAGGCAAAACACAUUUGGAAGUUUAAUUAAUGAUCCUGUCAAUAGAAUUGAACUCAGAAUGAUCUUUAGAUUUACCUGAGCUGAAUUUUUGACUAAAAUUUUUUAGCAUCCAGUUAUGUGGGAUUUUUAAAAAAAUUAAAUUAAGACCUUUACUACUUAAUCCUUCAUUCAGUUCUAUCUUAUUUUCUUUGAUAUGCUAGUGAUGGAUUAUCUCUGGCUUAUUAUCUAAUUCUAACAAAAUCUCUGGCGUCAUUGUUUCUUUUUAUUGAAUUAUAAGCCUAAAGCCGAAAUAAUUUAGGAGGUCAAUGAUGAUCGUAAUUAUACUCACAGAGAUAGAUUGACCUUUUCAUUUAUCUAUUUUUCUAUAGGAAUGUUUUAAUGGUUAAUUAAGAUAUGAUAAGGCAACAAUAUACUCUUUUUGAUGGGUUUAGAAGAUGAUGAUUCUUAUUUGAUGCUUUACAGUGCCCAGGCAGGGUUUCCAUCUGUUUAAGGCAUUCAAGCUGAACAACGGCUGGUCAUGACUUGUUUCUCAUUUUUAUUUUCGAGAAAGAAGGCACCUUUCUCAGAUGAAAACACAGUAGAAAUUGAUGAAGAGGUUUCAGGUAUUCAGAACACUACACUGUUUACUUACAGGGAGCUGAAAAUGGCAACCGAAAAUUUUCAUUAUUCCAAUAAAAUUGGAGAAGGAGGUUUCGGCGCUGUCUACAAGGGAACUUUCAGAGAUGGUACCAUGGCUGCUAUAAAGGUGCUGUCAGCUUACUCAAACCAAGGGGUGCGAGAGUUCUUGACAGAAAUAAAUGUGAUUGCAGAUAUAGAGCAUGAAAACCUGGUUAAGUUGUGUGGCUGUUGCGUGGAAGGAAACCACAGAAUUUUGGUCUACGGCUAUCUUGAGAAUAACAGCCUUGCACAAACGCUUCUUGGGGGAGGCCAUAGCAGUAUGCAGUUCAGCUGGCAAGCAAGACGUAACAUUUGCAUUGGUGUUGCAAAGGGGCUCACUUUUCUUCAUGAGGAAGUUCGACCUCAUAUUGUUCACAGAGACAUUAAAGCAAGCAAUAUCCUCCUUGACAAAAAUCUCAUGCCCAAAAUUUCAGAUUUUGGUCUGGCAAAGCUUUUCCCAGACAACUUGACUCACAUAACUACACGUGUUGCUGGAACAGCAGGUUAUCUGGCACCUGAGUAUGCUAUAAGAGGUCAGUUGACGAGAAAAGCAGAUAUUUACAGUUUUGGUGUUUUGCUAUUGGAAAUUGUUACUGGUAGAAGCAACACAAACAGGAAAUUACCUCUGUCAGAGCAAUAUCUUCUCGAAAGGGCAUGGAACAUGUAUGAGCAUGGACAACUAGUGGAAUUAGUUGAUACAUCAUUGAAUGGAGACUAUAACAAUGAAGAAGCUCAGAAGUUCCUAAAGAUUGCCUUACUCUGCACCCAAGACUUGCCAAAGCUCCGACCAUCCAUGUCUGAAGUGGUGAAGAUGCUAAUGGGUGAGGAAUCUAUGGAUGACCUGAAUAUAUCAAAACCUGGCCUGCUUUCGGAAUUCAUGAGUCUCAGAGGCGCAAAAGGCAAGCCUGACAUGACUUCUGAAGGCACAGGCGAAGGGGGGAAUUCAUCUUCGCCAUCAGGAAAUAUUACCACAUCAUAUGCUACAAUGACAUUCAAUUCGAUAUAUGACCGAAGCAAUUAGGUGUUGGCAGGAUUCAAGUUGGAAGCCAUACUAUUUAUCAGCUGAAAAACAAGUAAAUAGGAAAUCAACAAUGUUAUCAUAACUUUGAUAUAGUAUCUGCUUCGGGUCAAACUCAUGCGGCGAACAUUUGAUUCAUUUACAGCAUGUUUCAGUUCUUUUAGCAGAAACAAUAACUAUGGAUGAGAAAGUAAUUAUGUUAAUUU